AUGGCGAAAGGAAUGAGGCAGUAUCAGAGCAAUGGGCCACCGCACGGCUGCGGCCGCAGGAAGCCGGGCGAGCGACGCUCUGGCCCUGGCCGGCUCGGCUUCCGCCCCUCUGUCCGAAGUCCCGGAGUCCCCCCGACCGCCAGCUCUCAGACGCCCCCGCUGCCCCUGCUGGCGACCGCGUCUCCAGGGAGCUGUGUCACGGGCAGCUCGCUGCUGCUACCUCCAGGUGACCUGGGUCUCGGCCACCUCGCCCAAGCUGAACUUCCCGGUGCUGUUGGACAGGUGCUCUGGACCGUGCAUGCUGUGGCUGUAGAGUUUGCCAUUCGGGGCGCACAGGAUGAGCGCGUGGGGCUGUUACGUACGCAGGGAGGUGGGCGGGUGCCGCGCCGAGCGGGAAGCCCCGACUCAGAAACCGCCAUCCAGUGUGGUUCAGGCGUCAGUGACCGCCAGAGCCGGAGAAGGAACACGGCCGCCGCCCGUGUCAAGGAGCCUCGCCGGAAAGGCCCUGUCCUGGCCACGGCUGUCCCCCCCAGCCUCGGGGGCCGGGGCCCAAGCUUGAGUUUGGGGGGGAGGGGCGUGGAGCCCCAGGUUGGACGAGUCACUCCGAGUCAGGCUGGGGCUCGGCUCAGCCGCCUAUUUGGAACUGAGCUUCGACCCCUGCGAGCGCUCCGGGUCCUGGUGUGUCCUCUCUCCGCCUGGACGCUGAGCCCGCUGCAGCGGCAGGACCCCGGGGAGAGGGCAGGUGGCCGCUCUGAGGACCCUGGCGCGGGGCCCCAGCUCCGUCGGACGGAGCGGCUCCCUCCUCGGGGGCCCGGGGCUGACGCGGACUCGCCCCGGGACUGUCCCGUGGCCGUCAUCAGCGGCGAGGAGGACUCGGCCAGUCCGCUGCACCACAUCAACCACGGCAUCACCACGCCCUCGUCGCUGGACGCCGGGCCGGACACCGUGGUCAUCGGCAUGACACGCAUCCCGGUCAUUGAGAACCCCCAGUACUUCCGCCAGGGACACAACUGCCACAAGCCGGACACAUAUGUGCAGCACAUUAAGAGGAGGGACAUCGUGCUGAAGCGAGAGCUGGGCGAGGGCGCCUUCGGGAAGGUCUUCCUGGCCGAGUGCUACCACCUCAGCCCCACCAAGGACAAGAUGCUCGUGGCUGUGAAGGCCCUGAAGGACCCCACCCUGGCGGCGCGGAAGGAUUUCCAGAGGGAGGCCGAGCUGCUCACCAACCUGCAGCAUGAGCACAUCGUCAAGUUCUACGGGGUGUGUGGCGACGGGGACCCCCUCAUCAUGGUGUUCGAGUACAUGAAGCACGGGGACCUGAACAAGUUCCUCAGGGCCCACGGGCCGGACGCCAUGAUCCUCGUGGACGGGCAGCCGCGCCAGGCCAAGGGCGAGCUGGGGCUGUCGCAGAUGCUGCACAUCGCCAGCCAGAUCGCCUCGGGCAUGGUGUACCUGGCCUCCCAGCACUUCGUGCACCGGGACCUGGCCACCAGGAACUGCCUGGUGGGGGCCAACCUGCUGGUGAAGAUCGGGGACUUCGGCAUGUCCAGGGACGUCUACAGCACCGACUACUACCGGGAAGAGCUGUGCCAGGAGGGCCCCUGCGGCGUGGCGUGGCAGCGGCAGCGGCUGGCAGCACCCGCAGCUUCCACAGUGGGUGGACACACCAUGCUCCCCAUCCGGUGGAUGCCCCCCGAAAGCAUCAUGUACCGGAAGUUCACGACGGAGAGUGACGUGUGGAGCUUCGGGGUGAUCCUCUGGGAGAUCUUCACCUACGGGAAGCAGCCGUGGUUCCAGCUCUCCAACACAGAGGUCAUCGAGUGCAUCACCCAAGGGCGGGUUUUGGAGCGGCCCCGGGUGUGCCCCAAGGAGGUGUACGACGUCAUGCUGGGGUGCUGGCAGAGGGAGCCCCAGCAGCGGCUGAACAUCAAGGAGAUCUACAAAAUCCUCCACGCCCUGGGGAAGGCCACCCCCAUCUACCUGGACAUCCUGGGCUAGGCCGGGCCGCGCCACGCUCAGCUGCCUCCUCUCUCCUGGCCUCACGCCCGCGCCCCACCUCGCAGCUCCUUCCUCCAUUCUCGACCGAAGCGACAUCUUCAUAUAAACUCAAGUGCCUGCUACACAUACAACACUGAAAAAAAAGAGAGAAAAAACCCUGUAAGGC